AUGAGUACUGUCAAGGAGAUCAUGGAAUCUCUGCAUGAGAUAUUUGGACAAUCGUCCUUCUCCCUGAGGCAUGAUGCAAUCAAAUAUGUUCAUGACUGUUGUAUGAAAGAAGGGGUCUCUGUUAGAGAACUUGUCCUGGACAUGAUGGUUUAUUUCAACGUGGCAGAAGUAAACAGUGCUAUCACUGAUGAGAAGAGUCAAGUUGGUUUUAUUCUUGAAUCUCUUCUGAAAAGUUUCUUGCAGUUCUGUAUGAAUGCACUGAUGAAUAAAAUAAAGUUUAACUUGACUAUGUUUAUCAAUGAGCUUCAGGCUUACCAUACCAUGAUGAGAGCAAAAGGACUAGAACCAGAGAAUUUCCCUCAAAAGACUAAACACCCUGAUACAGGGCCCAAAGCCUAUGUGUACACCAAAAUGGAUCCCAAAGACAUAUCUCGUAUACUACAAAAAUACAUUCACAUUAACAUAACAUACAUGUAA